AUGUUCCUCAAGCAGAAAUAUACCAUCAACCUUUCUAUCAACCUGGAAAAUGUUGAAAAAGGUUCGACUGUUUUCCAUGCAAAGGAAAUUCUGCAGGCACAGGAAAAAGGGGACAGCUUUGAUCCGAAUAGUGCAACUGUGGUUGAAAUCGGAGAUAUUUCCUUGGUCAAUGAAUCUGGGACGGAGCAAAAUGCAAAUGAAACUCCAAACACUGAGAAGUCAACCAACAUGAAAACGAGACCACGAAAUAUUUCCGAAUCUUUGGCUUUCAAUCCUACUGAUGCAUCCGUUUCUCCUCUGGUGAAGAAAAUUAAAGUGGAGAAGCAAGUUAAAACAAUGGCAAGCAAUCACUAUACUGCAGUUGAGAAGUUAAAACCUGGAGUUGAUCAGUACAAAAUUAAGGUCCGAGUCAUCCGUUUAUGGAGAGGAGCUACAAAAUCAGGAGAGGAAUUCAAGAGUUUCAAUGUCAUUGUCAUAGACCAGAAGGAAUUUCAAUUUAUACGGUUUGUUGGAAGAGUGUACAGUAUUAAGAACUUUGAUGUCCAAAUUUACAAGCAAACUGAAAAGUUCAGAGUGUUAAGGAAUGCUACUCAGCUGGUGUUUAAUCAAGACACAAUUUGCCAGCAGCUUGCAGAUGAUGGUGUCACAAUACCAGCAAAUGCUUUCGACUUCUACGAUCACAGCCAGCUGGAGGAACUGUCUAAACAAACUACUUACCUAGCAGAUGUGGUGGGAAUCAUUAAGGACUAUGACAAUAUAAGAGAUUUAACAAACAGACAUGGACAGAGUCAAAGGCAGGCAAAAUUUUAUAUAACCGACGGAAAUUCAAACAUAAGUGUUACUUUCUGGGAUAAUUUCGGCCAAAACUUUGAUAAGCUGAUGAAAAGUGGUUUGGAAAAGCCAGUUAUUAUCAUCAUUUCAGGAUGCAGGGUUGGGAAAUGGAAUGGUGAGAUAGACAUAUCAAACAACACAGCGACAACUGUAUAUCUCAACUACAAGCACCAUAGUGUAGUGACACUAAGGAAAUUGUUGACAAACCCUGAAUUUGCCAAGAAGGCUUUAGGAAAACCAAAAGUCAAGUCAAUGGCUAUGGCAACAGUUAAAGAACUUGAAAACCUGGGAAAAGAUGACAUUGAGGUUAUUAAAUUCAGCCAGUUAGAAGCUUUUGUCUAUUACCUUUAA